CUGAGCCCAGGGCCCCAGCGUGCCGGGCGCUCCAAGACCGCAGGCCCCAUGGCGCAGAAGCCCAUCAGCAGGACCGCGGCCGAGCGCAUGAACCUCGUGGCCCAGGACGAGAUCUGGAAGUACCGCCUGAAGGCUGAAAACGAAGCACGGCAAAACUGGGCGGGGAACUGGGGAUUUUUAACCACCCCCCUCGAGGAGCUGAUCAAGUGUGAAGAAGAGCCCACCACCCCAAAGCCCAAAAUCGAGCUUCCCGAGCGCUUCCGCAUCCGGCCAGUGACCCCAGUGGAGAAGUACAUCAAGGUGUUCCCAUCCCCCCCAGUCCCAAAGACGACCCAGGGCUUCAUCGGCUGGAGAUCCGGGGUGCCGGGCCUGAACAAGUGUCUGGAGCACAGUCAUGAGAUCAAAAGCUGCAAAGGGGCGUAUGCCAAGGAGCUAAACUGGCCGAAGCAAGGUGUCCACUGAGUCCGGACAGAGACCCCGGCCCCUGGGGCAAGGAAGGGUGGACCGCCAGACGCCGGUGCCCACGCCCAGGAAAGGAAGAGCUCCCCCGCCUCCCCCCAAGCACAGGGCUCCCCUCCACAUCUGCUCGUGGGAUAUUGUUGAAAAGAACACAAAACAGCCCUUAGACGUUUUCAGUUCAUCAAUGCCUCCCUUCCGGAACAUUCUUGUAACAUAUUCAUUCUUGGCUAAUGCAAUGAAUA